AUGAAUGAUGAUAAGUUGAAAGUGCCUGUCUUCGAUGGUCAUUACGAACAUUGGAGUGAGAUGAUGGAAAAUUUGCUGCGUGCAAAACAGGUUUGGAACCUAAUCGAUCCAGGCAUUAGAGAGCCAGUAGUGGGUGUUGCGCAAAGCGAAGCGGAGAAGGUGAAAUUGGAAGAACUGAGAAUGAAGGACUUGCAGGUUAAACAUUACAUGUACCAAGCAAUUGACCGUGUCACGUUUGAGCAGAUCCUCGACCGAAGAACAUCCAAGGCUGUCUGGGAAUCAAUGAAGAAAAGGUUUGCAGGGAAUGAUCGUGUGAAGAAAUCCAUGCUGCAGAAGCUCCGUAGAGAUUUUGAAGUCUUAGAGAUGAAGACAAAUGAGACCAUACCUGAAUACUUUGGUAGGAGCACUUUAAUCGUCCAUGACCAAAAGUUCAAGAAGAAUGAAAAGGAAGAAGAACACGCACUAAAGGCUGAUACAGGGAGCAGUCCUAACUCUAAAGGGCAUUGCAGAGGUCGAUCAAACUUCAGAGGAAGGAGCCGCAGUAGAGGUCGACAGUCAGUAAACAAAGAAACAGUUGAAUGUUACAAUUGUCAUAAAUUAGGGCAUUAUUCUUAUGAAUGCCCUAAUUCAAAGGAAGCAAACUAUGCAGGGUUCGAAGAAAAUGAAGAAGUCAUGCUUAUGAUUGAAGGAAGUGAAGAAGAACAGGGUGUGUUCAUGGUGAAAUCAAGUAAUGAAGACAAAGGACUUUUGUGGUUCCUAGAUUCUGGAUGUUCAAACCAUAUGUGUGGAAACAAAGAAAGAUUUGUUGGCUUUAAUCAAGGUUUUUCAAACACUGUAAAGCUAGGCAACAACACUCGGAUGACUGUGGAAGGAAAGGGAGAUGUAAAGCUUGUGUUGAAUGGUGCAACCUAUGUUAUAAGGGAUGUGUACUAUGUUCCAGAUUUAAAGAACAAUCUCCUUAGCAUUGGGCAAUUACAACAAAAGGGUCUGUCCUUUCUGUUUCAAUCUGAUGUAUGUAAAGUAUUUCAUCCAGACAAAGGCUUGAUCUUUCAAUCAGGUAUGAGCACAAAUCGUAUGUAUCCACUCAGUGAGGAUACAAAUGAAGAUGAAGAGCAGAACACAGAAGGUUGCUUAUACUCCAGUGAUGAUGAUGUGGCCAAGCUAUGUCAUGAAAGGUUGGGGCACAUAAGUAAAACUAGCUUAAAGACUCUUCAAAGCAAAGGCAUGGUGCGUGAUCUACCCAAGUUUGUCAUUGAUACUUCAGUCAUAACAAGUAGAGAUGUGAUCUUUGAAGAACACAAAGGCUGGAAUUGGUGUCAAGAUAAGGAAGAAAGCAUAGAAAUAGAAGAACUCUCAUGGGGUAAUUAUGACUUUAUUGAUAAAGACUAUGUCUUUAUUGAUGAUCAUGGCAAUGAACAACAUGAAGUGACUGAAUCAGAUCAGUCAAAUGAUGAAGUAGGCCCGAACACCGCCACAUUUAGGGAGGGAAGACAAAGAAGAGCCCCAAGAUACCUACAGGAUUAUGUCACAAGUGAUGAACUAGAUUCAGAAGAAGAAGAAAUAAAUAUCAUGGAGAUAAUUCAUCAGGACCCUACCUGUUAUGAAGAUGCUGUGAAAGAAGCCAAAUGGAAGAAAGCAAUGGAUAUGAUUACAAGUGAAUUAACUCUUUCAAUUUCUUGGAGCUUGCAUUUUAUAAACGAUGAAGAACUAGUCAAAGACAUCAAUAGCCGUGAUGAAUCUUGGAUAUCCGAUAUGGUGGAAGCGCGGGAGAGGGGCGAAACGGUCAUUUUGUCCAUGGGGUGUCAUAAGGAAGAACUAGAAGAAGAAACAAAUACCCGAGAUGAAUCUUGGAUCGAGGAUAUGAUUCAAGCCAAGGAAAGAGACGAAAAUGUCAUUUUGUCCAUCGGGUGUCACAAGGAAGAACAGGAAGAAGAAUUUAAAGCGAUAAAUCAAUUUUAUAAUGGACUUGGAUUCUGCGAGCUCGAGAAGCAAACUUAUCUUGAGUGGGGAACCGGAACAGGAUUAAGAAGACAAUCGAAACAGUCAAGCGUAAAGAAUCGGGUGAAGACAGAGAGGAACAUAAGUUUUCAAGUUCUCCAACAAUACUUUCCCGAGAGUCUUAAGGACGCUGCCAAGAAUAUUGGGGUGUGCCCGACUACUUUAAAACGAAUAUGCAGACAACACGGAAUCAUGAGAUGGCCAUCUCGAAAGAUCAAGAAAGUAAGCCAUUCUUUAAAGAAACUUCAACUUGUCAUCGAUUCAGUCCAAGGUGCUAACGGGAUGAUUAAACUCGGAUCAUUCUGUACCAAUUUCCCAGAAUUAAACUCCGCAAUUUCACCUGCUCCCAAACCAAAAGUCAACAAUCGGGUCAAUCUCUUUAAAACAUCCCAAACACCAUCUAAUUCUUCAUCUUCUUGUAACCAUGGUUCAAGUAGUUUAUCAGAAAACGUUGUGCAUACUGAAAACGCUCAUGGUUCGCUAAAGAAAAAGUUCCUUAGCUACAACAACAUGAACGAUUUGCUGCCAACACCAAACCGAAAACUAGUUGACGAUGAGGUUAUCCUGCCACAGAAGAGUACCAACUCGAUUUAUGAAGGUAUUUUCAAAGUAAAAGCUAUUUAUAGUGACGAGAAAAUACGUUUUCAGAUGUCAAAACAUUGGAGUUUUGGGGAUUUGCACUGA